AUGCCAUUUCUGUUCAUUUUCUUUCUUUCUUUUCUUUAUUUCUCCAGAAAGUUUCUCCAUGCCGUCUGUUAUAUUUCUAAUUUCUUUUCUUUUUAUUUAUUUUUUAUUUCUUUCUUUUUUUUUUUUUCCAUGUUAAAAAGAUUUUGUUCUUUCUUUCUAUAUAUUUAUAUUUAUUUAUUUAUUUCUUAUUUUAUUUCUUUCUUUUCUUAUUUAAAUUUUUCUUUUUUUUUUUAUAUAUAUAUAUAUUUAUUUAUAUAUGAUUUUCUCCAUUCUGUCUGUUCUUUCUUUUUUCGUUUUCUUUUAAUUAUUUUCUUUCUUUCUUACAUUUCUUUCUUUUUAUUUAAUUUCUUUAAAAUUUUAAUCACCUUUUUAAAAUUUUUCUGUUUAAACUUUUUUUUUAUUCUUUUCUUUCUUAUUUUGUUUAAUUUCCUACUUUUCUUUUUCUCAUUAUACCUUUCUUUCUUUUUUUCUUUCUUUCUUUCUUUCUUUCUUUCUUUCUUUCUUUCUUUGGCAUUUCCUACUUUUCUUUUUCUAUCUUAUAACUUUCUUAAUUUCUUUCUAAAUUUCUUUCUUUCAUUAACUCGGUGUUAUUUCAUUUCAUUUUUUCUAUCUAUUCGUCUAUAUAUCUAUCUAUCUAUCUAUCUAUCUAUCUAUCUAUCUGUAGCGAAAAUUUCUCUUCUUCCCCAACGUUGUUUGUUUGUUUGUUUGUUUGUUUCUUUCUUUUUUUCUUUCUUUCUUAAUCCCUUCAUGGGCCUUUCUUUCUUUCUUUCUUUCUUUCUUUCGUGUUCAUUCUGUCUUUUACGUGAUGCGUCUUCUCUUUCUUUCUUUCUUUCUUUCUUUCUUUCUUUCUCAUUCGUUCUUUCUUUUUUCUUAAUCCAACCAUGGUGCUGGUUAGGUUCUUUCUUUCUCUCUUUCUUUUCUGUUAUAAAUUCUUUCUUCGCCGCAAUGUAUCCUUUCUUUCUUUGUUUCUUUACUACUAUUACGGGUUCAGUCUUUGCUACAUUUCUUUCUUUCUUUCUUUCUUUCUUUCUUUCUUUCUUUCUUUCUUUCUUUCUUUUCUGUUACGGAUCCUUUCUUCUCCGCUAUAUAUCCUUUCUUUCUUUCUUUCUUUCUUUCUUUCUUUCUUUCUUUCUUGCAUAUGCAUUCCUUAUGCUUCUUAGUUUCUUUCUUUGUUAUUUUUACCUCCAUUCAAAAAUCAUUUUUUAUUUACAUAUUUUUAUCUCUUUCUUUUUUCUUUCUUUUAUUCUUAUGUAUUCCUUCUUAUUUUUCUUAAUCUCUCCCUACUUGUUGUCUCCUCCCUUUCUUUCUUUCUUUAUUUUUCUUUCUUUCUUUCUUUCUUUCUUUCUUUCUUUCUUUCUUUCUUUCUUUCUUUCUGUUACGGAUCCUUUCUUCUCCGCUAUAUAUCCUUUCUUUCUUUCUUUCUUUCUUUCUUUCUUUCUUUCUCGGCUUACUUUGAUGUGUGCUGUCACUGACAAUCAAGUCCAGUUUACAGUAAAAGCCUCAACACAUUAA